AUGGAAAGCCUAUCAGCCUAUGCGGGUCUUCUGGCCGCCGGUGCCCCGUAUGCUCUCCAGUUGGCCGCAUCGACAAAAUGGUGGCCUAUCCUUUUCCCUCUAUUCGCUCUUCCCGCUCUAUCGUUGUGUCUCUCGGUGGCAACUCUUUCACGAAAAGGCCCGCUGAACACUUAUGCCAGUUUGACACCGAUUGCGGCUGGCAUUGGUUGGGCAUUGGCCUUUCAUGUGGGCGAGCGACUGCUGGCCGAGAUGUUACGCGCGGCACAAACGCUUCUCUACAUCGUUUUCUCAGUGAGAACCAGCUUGGAUUGGGCAAUUGAUUGCGGUCACUCGUACAACAGCCGUGAGUGUUCCCCAUUCGCCGACGAGAAUGUCACCGAGGUGCACGACUAUAGUCACUGGCCUGACAACUUUUGGCCCGCACAGGAGUUCAAUCGUUAUUUAAUCCGGGACAACAUUCUCGACAACAAAAACCUCUCAAAACUUUGGGAACCGAAUGAGUGGUACAUUGGUCGUAGCUACGAGCUUUUCUACUUCUCGAUCCCAUCGAUUCCGCUCAUUUUCUCACAUAUCGUCAUUUGGACGAUAAUCUAUUGUCUACUCGUCAAAUUCCCUCAAUGGAUCGAUUUCUUCAUCACUCGUUUCUGUCUCUUUUUGCCCAGUGUGCUCUACGUUUUUGUGAUUUUUGGCUUAGCGAUAAGCGGUUUUUCCUUUGGUAACACUGAAGCCGAGGUAUCGCAGGAUGAAAUCGAGAAAGUUCCACAAUCGUUUUGGACUGAUCUUAAGGGUUUCUAUCGUAGCUCGAUUUUACUUGUCGACUACUCGACGGCUUUCACUGGGAUUUCUCUAUUGGUUGUGAGUCGGUUGAAUCAUGGAGCUCCACCAGUGUUAGCCUGGGUAGCGGUACCUCUCAUGAUGGUGAUCCCCAUUUUUCUCUCAGUGCUGACAACAGGCUGCGAAGGACACAUAACCAAAUUGCAACCGCACUACAAAACUUAUGGAUCUAUUGAUGAGACCUAUUCAUUUGACGUGAUUCCGGUGUGUUUGGCGACGACUCGCGCCGGCCCUUUGUGGUCAUUUAUGUUCUACGUAGCGCACUUUUUCUACUCAUGCAUGGGCCCUUUGAUCAUCUACACACUUUACAUCUACUCUGUUUUCUCGGAGCAAUUCAUCGUUUUUCACACUCAUUCACAAUCGUUUUACUCGGGUUUUUGUGCUUUG